AUGACGGUUACGCAAGCACCAGGCUCCCCUGAUGAGCAUACAGGGACCGGGUCUGAAAAACCAUCCUCAGGUCGCUGGUGGAGGAAAGUGUUAAGGCCCUCAUCCGGCGAUGACUCGGAAUCCAAUUCGGGAGACCUCAACUAUCGCUCCAGGUCAACCUUGGGAAUCCUUAGUGACAAGGAAACUGAUGAAGUACCGGGAACGGUGCUUCUGCUGUCGUCGAAUCGCAACGAGCCGCUGGGACUACAACACCAACCGCAGCGCACGUCCCACUCGUCCCUGCCAUCUCCAUAUCCCCCGUCUCGAUCUUCCUCACGCACCUCGGCUCGGCCAUCGAAGAAGAAGACCGCGGAUGGUCAGAUUGUCCUAGAACCUCAGCCAGACGACUCAGUGAACGAUCCGUUAAAUUGGCCCGUCUGGCGUCGAGAUGCUGCUUUGCUAUCGUUAGGUUUCUACUGCCUGAUGGGUGGGGGAAUGACACCAAUUCUGGCCGCUGGUUUCAACCAAGUCGCUGAUACCUACAAUGUGUCGACCCAGCAGGUGGCCUAUACCACUGGCUUAUAUAUGCUGGGUCUCGGAGUCGGGUCGGUGAUCAUGUCUCCAACCGCGAUUCUAUAUGGGAAAAGACCGGUCUAUCUUCUCGGCGCCACACUUUUUGUGGUUUCAGGCAUCUGGUGUGCUGUAUCCCCCAAUUACGCCAGUCUAGUGGUCGCCCGUGUUUUCCAGGGGAUCGCGGUGAGCCCUGUGGAGUGUCUACCUUCUGCUACGAUCGCGGAAAUUUACUUUUUGCACGAACGCGCCUAUCGUGUGGGUAUCUAUACCCUUCUCCUCCUAGGAGGCAAAAACUUGAUCCCUCUUGUGAGUGCAGCUAUUAUCGGUAACUUGGGAUGGCGCUGGGUGUUCUGGAUUGUCGCCAUCGUCGUGGGGAGUUGUCUGGUCCUUCUGUUCUUCUUUGUACCGGAAACAUUCUGGGAUCGUACCCCCCGCCCUCGCUCGCGCAAACGUCCGCAUUUAUAUCGUAGUGUUUCGGAUCUGGUUUCGCACGGCAUCCGGGGACGCCCAACUCAUGCGCAGCGCCUCGAAGAUCCUCACCCAAAGAACCACGCCGACUCCACCGUGCCUAAGAAAUCUAAGAAGGGCCAUGUCGGAUUUGUCGAUGAGUCCAACAAGGAGAUUAAUUCUCCCGAUGAGAAGGAAGCAGAAGCUGGAGACUAUGACUGUGUCUCAGAAGCCUCCAAUGCCCCAGGUGAAGAUCAUAACGCGGUGCACUUCCCACCCACCUCCAACCCAGAAAAGUCCAACGGGUUGCUUCAACCCCCGACUGCUGUCAUCUCUCGCCCUGAGCAUCCAGCCGAUCCAGAGUGUGGCCGGCAGGCCGCUGUAUCACCAGCCCGCAGCGAUUUGCUUGCUCCGAGCGCACCGGUGAAUGGCUCGAUCCACUAUACCAAUCGGCUGCGUGAACGGCCCCAGUUGCCAUACCUACACUACCUCCGGAUUUGGAACGGCCGGAUCUCCCAUGACCACUGGAUGCGAGUGGCCAUGCGCCCGUUUAUUCUGUUUGCCUACCCAGCCGUGCUGUGGUCGACCGUGGUUUACGCCCUGUCGGUUGGAUGGCUGAUUGUCCUGUCGGAGUCGGUCGCGCACAUCUACGAAGGGCGAUCCAACUAUAACUUUACCGCCUUGCAAGUUGGGCUCGUGUACAUCUCGCCGUUUGUGGGAGGCUUACUGGGUACUGCCGUGGCGGGGAAGGUGUCAGAUGUGAUUGUCCGAUACAUGACUCGACGCAACGGCGGCGUCUACGAACCGGAGUUUCGGCUAGUGAUGGCGAUCCCUAUCGCCAUCUCGACGACCGCGGGUCUGAUGGCGUUUGGAUGGAGCGCGGAGGAAAAGGAUGCGUGGAUCGUGCCUACGAUCUUCUUCGGUCUAGUUUCUUUUGGAUGCUGCCUAGGCAGUACAACGGCGAUCACAUUUUGUGUCGACAGCUAUCGCCAGUAUGCUGGAGAGGCAUUGGUGACCUUGAACUGGAGCAAGAACGUAUUUCAUGGAUUAAUUUUCUCGUUAUUUAUUGUCGAUUGGUUGGACGCGCAAGGUUCCCGAACCGUGUUCUUAGCGUUGGGAGGCAUUCAAUUGGGAUGCCUUUUGUUUUCGAUUCCCAUGUAUAUUUAUGGCAAGCGGCUUCGGAUGUGGACUGUCCGGAAACGCCUGAUGGAACAAUGGUAG